AUUCUGAAGUUGCUAAAGCAAACACCCUGGGUUUUGUUGGCUGUCUGGCUUCAGUCCAAUACAACCAUAUAGCACCACUGAAGGCAGCCCUGCGCCAUGCCGCCACCGCACCUGUAACCAUCCAAGGGGUCUUGACAGAAUCCAGCUGUGGCUCGAUGAUGGAUUCGGAUGUGAAUGCAGUGACCACAGUGCAUUCUUCAUCAGAUCUUCUUGGGAAGACAGAUGAGCGGGGACCACUCACCAACGCAGUGCAAAGUGACUCGGCUCUCAUCGGAGGAGUAAUAGCAGUGGUGAUAUUCAUCAUCUUCUCGAUCAUCGCCAUCAUGAGCCGCUUCCUUUACCAGCAUAAGCAGUCACAUCGUACCAACCAGAUGAAGGAGAAGGAAUAUCCGGAAAAUUUGGACAGUUCCUUUAGAAAUGACAAUGAUUUGCAAAACACAGUGAGCGAGUUCUACAAAGUGGCCGAACAGACGUGAGCAAAGAUGAAGGCAAAAGUUGGUUUGGGUGUUUUGACCACACCCACUGGGAACAGGUUGAGGAGGAAGAGGGGACACAUGGAGACAACUGAUGACCUUCCUGCAAGAGGAAAGUCACUGCUUCCACCGCGACUCACUGGCAGCAGCUCCUCCCACUCUCCUGGCUCCUAACUCAGGAGUCUCUUUAAUGCACUUGGAUCAUCACCUUAGGGAAAGAGGCAAUAUCAUGGGCUUUGCAUGAGGAAUUCUUUACUUAACUUGGCACGAUAUCUUUGACCCUUCCCAGCUCUACGUCAGCUACAUCUUUUUUUUUUUUUUUCCAAGAUGUCUAUUUCAUCAGGAAUUUUCCAGGAUGCUUUAGAGCUAUCACCACAAUGAUCUAACCUGCCCUGGUUGAAUACCCAGAUACAACUUUAAGGAAAAGGAGCUGUCAGAAAGCUCCCUAGCUCCACUAUCCUGAAUCAGCAGCUCCAUGGGUAGAAGCCAUGAGGUCCUGAAAUCAGCCUAGGGGGGUCUUUCUCUCCCCUUCAUUGGUUCUGCCAUGCACAGGCAGUCCAGAAUGAUGUUGAGGUAUGAUACUCCCCCCCCCUGACAGCGAAUACUGCCAGGGACCCACCAUCCAACACUAUCUGGGAACACUGUUUUCUUCACCCCUCCCCAGCGAUACAGGGGAACUUUUGCAAAAUGGCAGGAGAAAAUAAGAGAGUAAUCCUAGGCCAUGAUCGAAGGUGAAGCUAAUUGUUUUAGUGAUUAAAUCCUAGUCUUUAUUUUCAUGAGCAUCACAUUCUUCCAUGCUUCUGAUGCCAACAGUAGCCUCAGAGGACAUGAAAACAGGAAGCAACAGGAUUGUUGUAUUCCCCUGCAGACUCUUUGGAAGGCCUUCCCUUAAAUAGAAUUUUCAGUGACACCUUAGGGGGUAGUAUUAAUGAGCUUCUGCCUAGUCAGACUUUCCCAUUAUAGUCAACCCCAUCCCCAAGUCUUCACAGGAAACAGUCUCUUCUCUUUGAAGGGCAGUGUCAACCUGUGUAACCUUCCCCUGCCUUAAAUACUCAUGCAAAAAUACCAAACUUUGCUUACAACAGCAUAGUUAUAUGGUGAGAAGGACUUUGUAUUUAGUGAGGUCCAACAUCAAGAAUGUUCUCCUUCUGAAUCUGGUAGUUGACAGGCCUCCUGAUAUGCUGUGCUGUCUUGAGCUAUCACUUCCCUCGGUGCACUGGAGGAGGCUCAAAAGGUGCAGAGGUGUCAUCAGGAAUAGGAAUGCAGGCUGAGGGGGGGACCACAAGUCUGCCUCCAGGAUAUGCUAGGUAAGGAGCUAGCAAAUUUUUCUGUAUAGGGCCAGAUAGUCAGUACUUUAAGCUUUAUAGAACAGUCUGUGUUGCAACUACUCACCUUUGCUCUUGUAGCAGGAAGAGGGCCAUACAUGGACAAAGAGGCAUGGCUACGUUCCAACAAAACUUUAUUGACAAAAAUAGGCAACAGGUCAGAUUUGGUCCAUGGGCUGCAGUUUGCUGAGCCCUGUGAUACCAUAUUACAAUGUCCAUUUCAGAUGGGAAAUCAGUCUUGUUCUGGCAUAUAGUGGUCCUCCUUUUUGAAGAAUGGGAAAGAGUAGGGAGAUUAUUUUUAACAAGGAAACAAUAAAAUACAAAAUAACCUCUUCAAAAAUAUAGAUGUCAGAUUCUUAUUACGGCAAAAGCACAAAGCAGGUCACCUCGCUCUGUAGAUCUUCUGGAGUCUAGCUUUUCCUUUUGACCUUCUCAUUUUUGUUCCUGAAACAGAAUCCCAAGUGAUGUUGCCUCGUUCCAAGUCAGUUUUGUAGACCACGUAACAUGUCUUAAUACACUGUAUGGGGAAAAAUAAAAGUUAGCCUUAGAUUUCUUUGUUUUCUAUGGUUCCUGUUGUACAGAAGAAAGACUUACACUGUAAAUAAUGUAUAUUUAAUAAAGAGAGAAUUUUGUAUGA